GUAAAGUCAAUUAAUUGUCAGAUGAGAGAAUGUUUGUGUUUUUAAAAUUGUUAUUCGCCUCUUAGAUUUGUCUAUCUAUCUUUCUAAUUCUUUAUCAUCUGUUUUUUUUUGUAAUUUUGGUCAUUACUUUUUUAUAAUUAUUAUUUUUAAGAGUUCUCCAUUCUAUUAUUAUAUAAAAGUUUAUAAUUGAUAUUUCCAGAAGAAAAGAUAGCCAAAUAAUAGGUAUAUCAUUUUGUUAAGUUCCGGUUUAUUUUACAAAGGUUUUCAUAAAAUAAUUUUGAAAAUGUUCUCUGCAGUUCAUAUUUUUAGAAUGUGAAACGUAUGGUUAACACGCACGAAAAGUUCGAAUGUAUUUCUUUAACAAAUAUAACAACAUGAUGUGUUCACAGAAAAUAUUUUGAUAUUUGUAUAACACAAUGGAUCUAUUAAAAGCUCCAUCGGUCCAAUCACUACUUGAUUCUGACUUGGAAUCUGUUGAAAGUCUACAAUAUUUGGAUAUUGAAGAGUUAGAUGAAAUAGAAUAUGCUUUACCAGCCAGUGAAGCACCAACUCUGGCAGAAAUUUUAUCAACAGAUGAGGAGGAGAAACAAAGUGAUCCAGUUAAACAGGCUCAGGAACCCUUAACUUGUUCUGUUUUACAAUUGGACUUUUUGCAAGCAGUUUCACAGCAGUUGGUACAAGCACAAGAGCGGUCAUCAGCUGGAGCUGUAACAACUUUGAGUGUGGGAAAAGAUGGAAAAUUAACAGUAGGAACAGCUCAUGGUCAUCUUAUAUCAUUUUAUGAACAAACUCUACGUUGGGUUUGUGAUGCAAACGCAGAUCGUGGCGCUGUAUCAUGUUUGUCUUAUAAUACUGACAGUACCCGUUUACUCGCUGGUUAUGCUCGAGGACUUAUAUGUCAGUAUGAAAGUGUAAAAGGAAUACUUCUCAGAAAACUUACAUUAGGUGGUGAAAUUUGGGGUAUCUUACGAGUGACUUGGGCUGGAACAUCAGGUCUUGCACUUGAUACUGGAGGAUCGGUUUGGUUGAUGAAAUUUUCGAGACCUCUAGGAGUACGUUCCGCUCGUACGUCGUGUCUAUUUUCGGGUGCUAGAGGAGAAGUCGUAGCAAUGACUGCACGAGACGCCCGUAUCUUGGCACUAGCGACAUUGUCCCGUGUCAUCAUUGUCGCUGGCGGUCGUGCAGCUGGAAUACGUCUUGGUGGACCACCUGACACUCUUCCCGUUUUAGAGUGGAGUGAAACCGAUGACAGAAUAUUGGUAUGUGCUCGCGCGACUACAUUACAGUGGUUAUCUGUGGCUGUGACUGGAGCCUCCAUUAUUCUACGUCUUGUGCAACGCGUUCACUUGAAAACGACGCCUUUGUGGCUUGGUUGGUUAGGCGGAAGUUUAGCAAUAUUCGAUUCCGACGAAAAUCUCCGUUUGUGGGGAGAUGAUUAUGAAAGAGCCUUGGAUCUAUCUCAAAUUGAGCCUGUAUACGCGUCAGCUUUUUUUAAGGGACUUUGGACGGAUGGUCGAGUGUCACGCGCGAUGUGUACAGCUGGCGUGAGUGCUCUGGGCGGCGCAUGCGUUUUGGAGGGCGCUUUAUCUCUCCUCGGGCGCAAAGGAAUAGUGCGAGUACGUCCCAGGGACGUAUUAACUAGAGCACAAGCAUUACUUUCAUCUGGACAUUAUUUGCAAGCAUUGCGAGUACUUUGUUCCACUGAGGGGCAUGCAGCGAAGGAGCUUGCAAUUCAGUUUAUACAAAAUAUAUCUGAAAGACCACAUGUACUGAGUAAUAAAAUUAUUGCAGACCAAACAAUUAAAUUAUGUCUAAAGUUUGGUUUAAGUGACGAAUUAUGGAAUAAGCUUUGGGAGCAAUGUUCUAGUGAAAACACAUUUGUGGAAGCUUUAGGUGAUGCAGCCGUUCGCGGUGAUUUGACCGUGGCUCCACCAUCCCCCGAUUCCACGCAGGCUUUAAUCGAGUUAUUAGCAGAAUUUGAGCCAGGCCUAGUAGAAAGAGUCGUUGCAUCUCUGCCGCUUACUUCUAUAGAUCCACACCGUGCAAGCGUAUUUACAAGAAAAAAGGGACUGUGGCGUGGUGUGGGUGCAAUUGCAGCUGCUCUAGGUGGCAGCGGCGGCGCGAUGCGCGAGUUGGUGAAGUUCGUGGAGGCGUCAUGUCCGGCGGCGGUCGGAGGCGGUGCGUGUCGCUGCGCGGGCGCGGCGCUGGUGGUGGCGGCGGCGGACGCGCUGGCGGGCCGCGGCGCCGGCGGCCGCGCGCUGCCCGCGCAUGCGCAGCCUUCCGCCCGCCGCGAUGCGCUGCACGCGCUGCUUGCUGACGAGAGUGGCGGCGGCGGCGAUGAGGAGGCGCCGCUGCGUGCGCUGGUGCGGCACGACGCGGCGGCGGCGGCGCGGCUGCUGGAGCACAGCGCGCGCGAGCCUCCCUUCGCGGGCCCGCUCGCCAAGCAGAACAGGCUGCGGGUCGCGCGCGCGCUGCUCUCCUACACGCGCGACCUACACCACACGAAUACGGAAGCGUGUACGGAAAUAUUAGAGUUUAUUACGAAUCAGCUCAGUGCGGGUGCGCUGCCUCCUGACCAAGAAGUCAUAAAAGGUGCACAAGAAUUGGCGACCGUGUGUAGCGGAGAACGCGGGGACCGAGCUUGGCUGGCACUGAUGCUGCGUACGAGGACGCAGCGGGAACAAUUGGCCGCGCUGCGAGACUUGGCGCUCAACCGGCCACGUGUACUGUGGCGACUCGACACGCUGCUCGAGCGACACGACGACGCCCUGCGGGAUUUCUUCACGAUAGAAUCUCCGACUACGCGAGAUAUCGACGAAUUCUUUGAAUAUUUAAGGAGUCAAAUCGAAGUGAAUGGAAAAGAAAAUUGGUUUCAGUCAUAUCCAUCGGAGGAGCGUUGCAAUUUACUACGUUCCCUAGUGCAACUGCGCCCGCGGGCCGCCGCCGCUCUAGUUAACGAUGAAGUUUUCGAAACCGUUGCCGCCGUAAUAUCUACCACAAGAGACGAACGAACUGUUGAGUUUGGCGAGAGCCUUCUAGAAGCGGGCUUUCUUCGAGGAGACGCCGCUGCCGCUCAUCUGCGAAAUCUAUGCACUCUAAAACGGAAGAGUGUGAAAGCGUUUCUCCUAAAAAAUCCAGGUAUCGUCCGGCCGGAGGACGCUCUUGCGAUCAUCGAGGAGAUGAAAGUGGAGGAUGCCAAGCCAGUCUGCCUCGAGGCUACCGGCGAUCCAGAGGGCGCUUUAGAUGCGAUACUGAACAUGAUAAAAUCCGACCAAAGCGAGGAGGUGACUGCGCGGCUGAUAAUGGAGGCGGGGGAGCUGUGCACGCGGGCGUCGCGGGGUGCGCCGGCCGAGGUGGCCGCCGCGCUGUGGGCGCGUGUGCUACACAACGCAGGCGGUGCGCCGCCGGCCGCGCUGCUGCUGGAGGCGGCGGCCUGGGUGCCCGCCGAGGCAGUGUUCAGCGGCGCAUGGCAGUCGGCAUGGAGCGCGCUGCUGGUAGUGCGCACGGCGGCGGCCGGUCGGCGCGGCUGGGCUGCGGCGGCACGCGUAACGGGACGGGAGGCUCACGAAGCUCUGGCGCGCGCGCUGGCGGCGGCGCGACGCGGUCUGUCAGUGCGCGGUCGCUGCUGUCGCUGCGGCGCGCGCCUGGACGCGCAGCCGCCCGUUCGCACGGCACACUGUUCGCGCGCCGCCCACGCCGCCUGCGGCCUCGACUCCAGCUGCGACUUCUGCGGCGAACGUCUGCCCGGGGAGGUGCUCGCUCUGCCUGCGCGCUCUAAUCGCCGACGGUCUUUGCCGCCUCAGGAACACGAUCUGAAUCUGGUGGCACCUCCGCGUCCUGAUCUCGAAGGAAUCGUUUAAAUCCUUAUGUCGUGUAGUCUGUGAUGGAUUACGUUUUCGAGAACAGUGGGUAAACUAACUAGUCCUCAUGUUUUGGGCCGAUAUUUUUAUUUUCAAUCUAAAACGGUCAUAUUAAGAUUUAUCAGAAAAUUAUUUAUAAAGCUUCACCCGUCUCUAAAACAGUUUACAUUGUAGUGUAUAUCAUAAUAUUACACAUGUAUGUAUAUAAUAAAUUUUUAUUUCAAUGAUUUCAUUAAAAUUGCAAAGCAAAUUCAUGUGGUCUGCGAACUAAUACUGAUCUAUUAAUAUAACCAAAAUUUAAGAAUUGCUAUUGCUACCGUAAUAAUGUGACUGACUUCUUUGGUAUAAUUAAGGAGAGAGGAGGCGGGUUGACUGCGGCUUUGUGCCCACUCCAGGAGCAAAGCUUUGCAAACUUGUAUGAGAGUAUGGAUGUUGAUGUGAGGUGCGUGUUGAUGGUAUGGCUGCGUUUAAGCCGCGUUGUGAUGAUGUUGAACAAGCGGUGAAAAUAAGUAGUCCAAGUAGCUAGUACAGUGGUUUAAUGCGCAGGUUGUAACACACAAUACAAUCAACAACACAAUAAAAAGAAGUGAAAGAAGGAUGAUAUAGUGAAAAGAGAAGAUGAAAAGUUAAUAAGCGCGAUGUUAAUUUUAUAAGGCGGUGAGAGAUCGAGCUACAUAAGUUAAAGAUAAGGGACUACUCACACUUAUUCAGCUUUUGUCCAUAGAAAACAACGAUUAUGCAUGGUGACGUGUACGCAUCCAUUCAGCUUUUCGCGUUUAUUCUGCUUUCGCUGCAACUCAGUAUAAAAUGAGCAAAAAUGUGUAUUUAUCAUGCGAAUGAUAUAGAGAGCGUUCAGCGCUAUUCCGCCGCAUUCACCGUCGAACGCGGCGAAACAUCUCUUUACAGGAACGUUUCGCGACUCCUUGUCGAUAAGUUGCGACCUGUAUUGUUUCUGUAUUGAUUUGAUUUAUUAUUGCGUAAUCAUUAUUGUACACAAGGAUUAAAGAGUGCAGACAUAUUUCAUAGUAAUUAUAAUUAUUUUAUUUUUACGAAAUGCAGCAUAUUCAACGCCGUACACAGUAGACAAGCGUUUCAGCGGAGAUAACACGCUAUGACGACUUUUUUCAUUCUUACGACGCUGUACGCGACUGAUAGAAGCAGAGCUGUAUAAGUUUGACCAAAAUCGUUCAGCGAAAUGCGAAUGGAGCUGAAUAAGUGUGAGUAGUCCCUAAGACUGUAGAAUUUCGAUUGUCGCGAUGUGAGGGGGGAAGCGUUCACACAGUUGUCCCGUCAUGGCGGCUAAGAAUCGGUUUUAUGCAGAGCUCCAAUGCACAACGUGCGGUGCCGUCCGAUCCGACAUUUUUGUCGGGUGCAGAAUUAAUAUAUAAAGUAAAAUAUUUAUGUAGAUAAUUUUAAUAUGUAUUAUAUACACUGGACAACAAAUAAACCGGACCACCCGCUACUUUUGAACUCUAAUCCGAAUUUAUAACUGUCAAAGUCAUACCUAUACAAAGUGCGUUUCAUGACGAUCAAAACGACAAAAAUUUAACCUAAAGUACCGUCAUCUUACAUUGCAAUCAAGCAACAAACACAAUGCUUACGAUGUGCUAUUUUGGCGAAAAUUCGAGUUCAGCGUUCUUUCUUCUACAGUGAGGGUAGUCCGAUAUUUCUUAUCAUUUCUUUAAAUGUUUUCCAUCAUUCGCAUAGACACGUGUAUUUUUGUAACUUUUUUGAGUUAAUAAUGGAUACAACUCCUCAGGAAGCCGCUCAAGCUGUAGCAUUAGUUCAAGCAGAUCACGGACAACGUGAGGUCGCUCGAAGACUGGAUUAGUAGAUCUUCAGUGCAACGAGUUUACAGACGAUACUUAGAGAUUGGAGCAUUCGAACGCCGUCCAAGUUUUUUUUUUAUACAACUUUGAAUGGCAAACAAGCUGACGGCCCACCUGAUGGAAAGUGGUAACUGUUGCCUAUAGACAUGAGCAGUAUAGGUACGGGCAGACCUAGGGCUACAUCAGCAGCAAAUGAUCGUUACAUCCAACUUACUGUUCUGCAAAAUCGUCGACUCAACGCAGUUCAAGUCCAACAAAGUCUGCGUGAUGAACGUCAAGUGAUCAUAAGUUCAGAUACUGUAGAAGGAGACUUGCUGAACAGGACCUGACUCCAAAAAAAGCGGCAACAGGCCCAGCAUUAACGGUAGCCCACCGUCGAGCACGACUUGAAUUUGCUCAAGAGUAUAGAGAUCAGACGUUGGAGCAGUGGAGUAAAGUUCUCUUUACUGAUGAGACAAGGGUGAGUCUACGUGGAAGUGAUCGACGUUGGAAAGUAACGCCCUGAAGUGUAAGUGAUCGCCCUGGUGAACGUUAUUCUCAGUGUUGUAUCGAAGAAACUGUUUCUUAUGGAGGAGGAUCUGUAAUGGUGUGGGGCGGUAUCUCAUUAACUGCACAUACAGCUUUAGUUUUCAUUGAACCGACGGGCCGUAUACGUGGAUUGACUUCUCAUCGCUAUAUUUCUGAAAUCCUAGCAGAUCAUGUGGUACCUUACGCAGGAUAUACAGUGGAUGCAUGAUAAUGCACGGGCUCAUGUUGUUGUGACCCAAUAUCUACGCGACGUUGGCAUCCGUACGAUGGACUGGUCAGCUCGAAGCCCGGACUUGAAUCUUAUAGAACACUUAUGGGAUGAGCUGAAACGUCGGAUUCGAGCUCGGGUACCUGCUCCAACAAGGCUUCCAGAGCUGUGAAUCGCAAUUGAAGAGGAGUGGAAUGAAAUUCCCCAAGAUAUCAUCGUCAGGCUCGUGAGAUCUAUGAAUAUGAUGAUGCUAUCAGUUAUCAGAGCAAGAGGAAGGAACACUGAAUACUAAUCAUAAACUUUUUUUUAAAUUUUUUUCUUUGUUUCCGGCUUUAAUUUGUUUUUUACUUGGUGAUAAACGAUUUGCGCGACUGGAAACGACUCAUCUUUGUAAAAUUCUUAAUAAACACUUGAUUGAUAAAUCAUAA